AUGGAUCCGGCGCCGCAGACGCACCCGAUCCUCUCCUACGUGCUCUCCCGCAUCCCCACCCUCGCCAAGCCCAACAAGGCCCCCACCUCCUCCGAGUUCGACAUCGAGCAGCCGCCCGUGCUCGGCCCGCGCCCCGACCACGAGCUCAUCGACUCCUCCCGCGCCAUCGUGGCCGCCGCCGAGGCCGGGGACACGCGGAUCCCCGAGGCCGACGCUGAGGCGUGCCGCGCGGUGGUGCGCCUCGAGGAGACCCACGACGCCUACGAGGCCCUCCUGCACGAGGCCGAGGCUAGGCUCGAGAGGGUGUACCGCUCCGCGAUGGAGGGGACGGACCUAGACGACGACGAGGCGGCGGCGGAGAGCGGUAAGGGUGAAGGGCCGACGGCAGCGGGGCCUGAGGGCGGGGCCGGGGACGCGGCCGUGCAGGAGGAGGUGGCGGCGGACACGCCCAGGCCCAGGUGCCCCGCGGCACCUCUGGCAGAGCUUCCCCACGGCGCCUAUGCGCGCCAUCUCCCGCAGCACCUCAGGGGACGCGGCCCAGCCGCCCACGGCCACCAGCCCGCGCACGGCGCACGCGUCGGCGGUCGCGGACACGCACAGCUCCUCCAGCAGCGCCCUGGCCGGCUCCGUCACCAUGCACUGGAUCGAGCGCGCCGGCGUCCACCAUGCGCUGCCAGGAUAUGCGAGGCCCGUGCUGGAGCAGAGCGUCACCUCGCCCAAGCACGCGCCCUGCGUCACCACCAGGCGGAGCGCGCGCUUGAGCACAUCGGCUUCGUCGUCCACGGCUUCGUGUCUGCAUCUCCGUUGAACUCCUCGUCUCCGUCUGAGGCCGCCGACGGCAACCACGCAGCCGCGGCCGCGCACCUCGCGGUCCUUAAGAUUCCGCGCGAACCCCCGCGGGGACACGGAACAGAGGCUGGUGGCUAUGGUGGCGGCCGCCCUAUCCCCGGCGAACCUGCGUGA